GCAGCACCAGACGGCACAAAUACACAGGCUCCUCGUCGACAUGGAAAAAUUCUACGCCAAAAUGGACGACGUGGAGAGCAAAAACAGGAACGGCCUGGCUAACAGUGAAAGGCAAAGAAGGGAACAGGAACUACGCGAGGUCCUUAAUCGUAACUUUGUGUACGAGGAAGAAGAAAUAGAUUGUUUGCAAGACCCGACGGCACUGCCGUACUUAGGCCUGCUUCGCGUCAGCCCGGAGCAGAGCUUGUCGCCCACCUUCCAUCCCAACAAGACGGAAUACCAUAUAGACGUGCCUUACGAGCAGAUGACCGUGGAAGUCCGCGCCAGAGCCCUCUACUGUCAUGCAGAGGCUCGCCUCGACGACAGACUGGGACCAGCCAGGCCUGUGAAUUACACGCUGGGCCUCGGCUACAACCGGAUUAGCGUGGUGGUGGUGGACAUCAGGCACGCCGAUGCCCGUGUCGCUAACGCGUACGUGCUGAGUGUCUUCAGGCGCGAGCGCACCUCGACACACGAAGCACUUCAGCCACACAUCGCCGGUCGCUAUGCGGUCUGCAGCCUCAAGCAGAGCUGCGAGCUUGUGAUUUAUCCCAAGGAGCCGUGCGGGCUCCAUCCGGAGAACGCCGAAGAAUCAUGGACGUCAAUGGUCCAGAGACUGCAAGCGCUCGAUAUCUGUCGUUCAGGGCACGAAGACGGUCGGUGGCUGUUACCUUGCAUGAACUGUGCAAGCUCGGAUUCGUGUAUUUGGAGUAUGGCGCGAUGGGCACCCUUCAAGUGUCGCUAUCCCGAAGUGUCCAACACAUCCCUGAAGACGUGUCUGGAAGGAAGGAAGCUGCUGUUCCUGGGAGACUCGACAAAUCGCGGCAUCAUGUACUACGUGCUGAUGCGUCUCAACGGCACGCUGGGCGAGUGGCACAAGAGCCACGGCAUCGCGUUGCACGCGCAGCGCCUGAACGGAGGCCGCACCGCUGCGGGAUUCGCCUACUACCCGCAGUUCUGGCUGCCACCGAAUCGGCGCCCUACGCUGGCCCGAACACUGAACCAGCUGGUCGACAGGUGAGCGCUUACGUAAAACAGCGAGAGAACAGUUCUGGUCGUCGGUGGAGUGCAAUGGCUCAACCUCAAGCAGCUGUCAUCGCUGACGACAACUCUGAAAGGACUUGGCCUGGAUAAAGCGAAGAUCAUAAUAAAGACAUUCGGAUCUGGCUUCCACCAACGGACAGAUGGUGUUCACCGGAGAAGUUUGAGAAGCCAGCAAAUCCUAGGCCGAACCAACCAGGAUAUCAUCCGCCAAGCACGCCAGCUUGGCAUGGAAGUGGUCGACACGUUUAACAUGACUACGGCGAGGUUCAAGGACUUUAUGCAAGGGAACUGUGCCUGCCACUUCCACAAGGUCGUCAGCGACUCCCUGACGACGUAUCGCGUCGAGGGUCCCGUGAACCAGGCUUACAGCGACAUUCUGCUGAGUCGUCUUUGCCAGGGACACAGGACAACGCCGGCGUGAACAAAGGCUUACGUCACGUCGAGGCUAUACGAAGAAGAUACCACGUCUUUCAUGAAUAUAAGCUCACAACAGCGCCGGCUCUCCAGUGACGCAAAGUGCGCCGUGCUUCAGAGUGUGUGGUGCUAACGACGCAAGAACGUGGAAAGCAAGAAAGCCGGAUCGCGGAGAAUAAAUAUGCACGAAAUCAUCUCGAAGACGACAACAGCCAGCUGACUCAUACAGCACGCAGCAAUAAUAACCACCAUCAUGGCUUCAUGUUCAUUUGAGCUCCGAGUGAUUGAGUCGUUCCUAAAAUGCCGGUGCUUGCUGUUUUCGCGUCAUCAUCGUGGUCAUAACCAUGCAUGGUUAUGACCACGAUGAUGACGCAUGGUAUAAGCUUAGCUAAUUUCACGUCGCUGAGAAAGGCUUCUUGCAGAGGCAGAGGCGUCUCAUCACCCCUGUCCUGCAAGAACUUAACCCCCUUUAAGCACGCAGAUUUCCAUAUUUCAUCACUCCAUCUAUCUCACGCAGCAACUUGUGCUUCCUUCCCCAUGACACCCAUUCUGUUACUUAUACGGACCACCGGUUAUCUGUCUACGCAUUACACACACUGCCCAACAACUCCUUUUUACCUUAACUAGAGUAAUCAUCAACUUGUGUUUGAUCUACUGUACCACUCUAUGUGUCGUGAUGUUACGCGUAUCAUUUUCCUUUCGAUCACUCUUAGAGCGGUCCUUAGAAGCUUUCGUGUGUCCGAUUUUCUUUAGUGUUUAAGCAUAACAUGGUGCCUCUAGGCGAGACCGGCUACUCCCGACUUUGACUUGAUGGAUGCGUACCAACGAUGUAAAUAUUAAGAGUAAUGAUAGGGGGUACAGAAUACAGAGACAUAGUUCUAAGGUAACACAUGCACGCACAAACAAAUCUACAAAAAAGUGUGUUCGUUGGCUGUUCACAAAAUACAAAUGUUCCCGUGGAGAUACAAAUGAAGUCCUUCGUGACGGCGCCGCAUUCGAAACGCUAUACACUUGGGAACGCGUACAGAAGAGCCACGGAAACACGAGAAGAAGAUUAUGUGUGAUUUCAGUGGAAAAGAUAUACAUUCACAAAUAAAACUUUGUUUAUGUGCAUGUUUCCUUAGAUUUACGCAGCCUGAACGCUGUCCCCUAUUACCACACCAAAACGCACCGCCGGGACAUUUAUUUCUCUUAUGUUUAAGAACUUCGUCAUGACAUGGGAAAAGAAAAAAAAAUAUAUGCUGGUCUAUUUGUUGAUUCGUCGGGCACUUUGAGGUCUACUUGCUCGUAAGGUGAACCUUUUUUGGUUAUUUUAUCCCUCAAGAGUA